GCCGCGCCGGCGCCGCGGGGUGUGCGGAGCGGCGGGGCCAUGGCGGCGGCCGCGGGGCUGGUCUCCGUGGACUACGAGGUGUCCGGCAAGGUGCAAGGAGUGUUCUUCCGCAAGUACACCCAGGGGGAGGCGAAGAGACUGGGACUCGUCGGUUGGGUCCAAAACACUAGUCACGGCACCGUGCAAGGACAAAUCCAGGGCCCGGCAGACAGGGUGCGGGAGCUGCAGGAAUGGCUCAGGAAAGUGGGAAGUCCGCAGUCCCGCAUCAGCCGAGCUGAUUUCAGCAACGAGAGGAAGAUCACGGCGCUGGAGCACAAGGACUUCCAGAUUUUGAAAUAACUUUGUCCAGGAAGAAGCGGAAUGUGGAGCGUAAGCUGCCCCGGUAGAGCAUUCCCCUGGUCGUUCAGUCAGCCAAUAUUCAGCUCUAGAGAACGUUAUUUAAUUACAUUUCAAAUGUAUUGGUUUGUUGUACUUUUAAGCCUUGACAGCCUUUCACAAAAUGUUGCUGGGUGGUGGAAGAGCUGUGCAGCCUUUGCUGAAGGGGCUCGUUUGGACUCGGCCUCUCCCUGAAUGUGUGCAGAGCGGGCUUGGGGUAAAACGUGUAACCAGGCCGACGGGAAGGAACUCACGGCAUCAAUGCCAGCGCAAAAAAUCGCUAAACCCGUUAUUUCUGUGGUCUGCAUGCCCCAAAACAGCGGUUUAGUCCUAGAACUUUAUUUUUCUUUCAGAAUAAAGGUGCUUGGAGCUUG